GCGUACAAGUGCCCCCAUGAGAAUUGCGGCACACCAAUGGUGGACCACAUCAGGCGUUUUGUCCACGGCCAGGGCUGUAUCCAGAUCACCAUGAGGAAGCUGGAACACAAACUGCCAGGGUUCACUGACACCAUUCUCACAUGGAGCUAUUGUAAUAAGUGCAAGCAGGCCAGUGCAGUGGUUCCUAUAGCUUUAGAGACUUGGUCAUUGUCGUUUGCUAAAUACCUAGAGCUGCGUUUCCAUGGCAACGUGUACACUCGACGUGAUGCCCAGAAGUCAUGUACACACUCUCUCCACAGUGAUCACUAUCAGUACUUUGGUUUCAAACAGACCGUGGCAUCUUUCAAAUACAGCACUGUCAAGAACAAAGACAUUGCGCUGCCACCUCUGAGGAUCUGCUACGUGAAGGACUGUGGGUUUUGGGAAGAACAAACAUUAAAAUGGAUGCCUGCAGUCAACUGGCACUACAAGACAAAGGAGGGACUCAAGAAACUUUAUCAAGAUGGUCUUCAGGUGUUUGAUUCUAUAGUGCAAUUACUGCAUAAACUCCGCUUGGAAACUCAGUCAGAUAAGCAAGCAGAGGUUGUUGAAAAGCAUCUGGGACAACAACAGAAAGACAAAGCUGACUUUCGAGAGAAAAUGGAAAAGCUCUUCAAGCAUUUUCCCGUGAACCAAGAUAUGGUUUCAGCAGACAGCGUGAUAUCUGAUGCCGCCAUCUUGGAAGUGACGGAUGGUAUGGUCAGGAUGAAGCAACUGGUGGCAGAGAAUGUUUCAGAUUGGAAUACAAAGAUCUUAGAAUUUCAACAUCAACAAAAGAAAAUGGAAAAAGAGAAGAACAAAAAGGAUUCGAUGCAGAAAAGUGGGAAAGAGUCCAACUCUGGCACCCCCAAGACUGGGAACAGCUCCCCCAGUAAUGCAUCAGGGGUUGAAAAGGUAUCUUUGCCUACUGCUGAAAAAACUACAGUAGAGGAAGGCUCUUAUGAUCCCUUGGCUGCAUGGUGCUGUAAUAAUGUGUCCAAAGAGAUGGAAGAAGCUAUGAAAGAUAUCAGUAAGACUCCUGAGAUAACUUCAGGUUUGGAACUAACCACCUCUGCAGAUAGUUAUGUCUUUAGUGACAGCCCUGGGAUAAAUGCUGUGCUCCUUAGCCAGGCUCUGGAUGGGGGCAGUGCCCCUGCUCAGCCACCUGUGAACCCCAUAGACAGUGGGUUUGUCGUCUGUCACUUUAGUAGUAUUAAUGCUCCUCGAGAAGUAAUAGUCGGCAAACCAUAUGGUGAGGAGCGUGCCCCUGAAGCCACCAUCUCCGCCGUCUCUGAACACAAGGGACACAGAAAGACAAAGUCUGCUGAUGAGAGCAAGAAUACGAGAGAGGGCGCAGAGAGAGGCAGCAAACAGGGAGGAGCCAUGAAGAACAUUAUCACCAGUUUUCUGUCUAGUAUUGGUCCAGUUCCCAUACACAAUCCAUUCCCACCAGAUGAGCACUACCUCCUGCCUCUGUCAGAUGACAUUCCAGUGAUUGUGUUAGAUAGGGAACCCAGCUCUAUUAUUGCUUAUGCAUUAAGCUCUAUUGAGUACAAAGUGAAGUUGAAUGAACUGAAGCAACUUGCUCUUUCCAAAGAAGCGUAUGAUAUAAACCAGAUCAAGAAGGGGGGUUUAUCCAGAGUGGAGAGCACAGGGAGGCUGGAUGCAGUCCAACAUUGGAAGGCAGCUGGGGGUGUCUUAAAGUUUCUACGGAGCGCUAAAGGGCAGAGCAGCCGGGACUCCAGCCCCAGUAGAAAGAAGGACUUGGAGGCCUCGGUCAAGUUUACCCCUGGCGAAAGUGAAUCUAGUUAUGAAGCAAGCACCUACUUUGAGGAAAUAGAUGGAAAAGAAGCCAAGACUCCUAAAUACCACAUAGAGCUCCAAUAUGCUGAGGGAUCAUCAAAGUUCUACUGUCAAGUUUACCAUGCUGAGAGCUUCAAGCAGAUGAGAAAAAUUUUGUGUCCAGAGGGGGAAGCAGGGUACAUCAGGUCUUUAUCCAGGUGUAUUAACUGGCUUGCCAAGGGAGGGAAAUCUGGCUCUGCCUUCUGUAAAACUCAAGAUGACCGCUACAUUUUGAAGCAGAUGUCCAAGCCAGAGGUGCAGUCUUUUCUAGAGUUUGCCCCACACUAUAUUGAGUACACAUUGAAAUCUCAUACUGAUAAGAGUCCUACUGCUCUUGCCAAAAUAGUAGGAGCAUAUAGGAUUGGUUUCCGUAACAACCAAACCAACAUGGCUACCAAGCAAGAUCUUCUGGUGAUGGAAAAUUUAUUCUAUCCUCAAAGCAAGAAAAUUACUCAGGUGUAUGAUUUAAAAGGUUCAGAGCGUAACCGUCUAGUAAAGACAGCCAAUCAGAAGAGUGAGGAUUUAGUGCUUUUAGAUGAAAAUUUGUUGAAAAUGAGCCUAGACAAUCCGUUAUACCUGCGUCCUCACGCCAGGAAGGUGUUGAUGUCCGCCAUAACCAAUGACACCCAGUUCCUGUCCAGCCAUCUUGUCAUGGACUACUCUUUACUGAUGGGUGUAGAUGAACAGAAGGGAGAGGUUCUUGUAGGAAUCAUUGACUACAUCAGAACAUUUACCUGGGACAAGAAGCUGGAGACCAUGGUGAAGUCUUCAGGGAUCCUGGGAGGACAAGGGAAAAUGCCAACAGUUGUGUCUCCAGAGCUGUACAGAACUCGUUUCUUGGAGGCAAUGGACCGGUAUUUCCUGGAGGCCCCUGAUAGGUGGAAUGGACUUAGUUGUGAUCUGGAAAUUUAAGAUGGAGGAAG